UCAGAGUGACGGAAUCGUUUCCUGUUUACGUCCUAAAGUCCAGUUCAUUCAUUAUCCGUCGUGUUUACAGUGAAGUCUGAAGUAGUUACUUUCCUGUUUGUUCGUUUUACUUUUCUCUCUGUUCUCGUCAUCGCGAUCAAUGCAGUCUUUAAGGAACUAUUUUAAACCAUGGUCAUCUGCUGUAAAGUUGGAUGGCAAAACUGUAGUGAUUACUGGUGCUAAUACUGGGAUUGGCAAAGAGACUGCUAUUGAUUUGGCCAAAAGAGGUAUGAGGGUCAUUAUAGCCUGCAGAAAUAUAGAGAAAGCUGAUGCAGCUCUGAAAGAGAUUAUAGACGUUUCUGGGAAUCAGAAUGUUGCCUGCAAAAAACUUGACCUGGCUGACUUCAACUCCAUCAGAGAAUUUGCUCAGAAUAUCAAUAGUGAGGAGAAACAGCUCAAUAUCUUGAUUAAUAAUGCUGGCGUGAUGGCAUGCCCAUAUGCUAAAACAGCAGAUGGUUUUGAGAUGCAGAUCGGAGUCAACCACUUCGGUCACUUUCUCCUGACAUUUCUAUUAAAUGACCUGCUUAAGAGGUCUGCUCCGGCUCGGAUCAUCACAGUGUCAUCCAUGGCGCAUAAGUGGGGCACUAUUAAUCUGGAUGACCUAAACAGUGAGAAAAGCUAUGAUAAAGCCAAAGCUUACAGCCAGAGCAAACUGGCCAAUGUGCUCUUCACUCGUUGCCUAGCCAAAAAACUACAGGGUACAGGAGUGACAACUUAUGUCCUUCACCCUGGUGUAGUUCAGACAGAACUGUGGAGGCACCUGAAUCGACCCCAACAGGCAGCCAUGUGGUUGAUCAAACCAUUUACCAAAACAUCAUUGCAGGGAGCUCAAACCACUAUUUAUUGUGCAGUGGCUCCUGAGCUAGAGACAGAGAGUGGUAAAUAUUACAGUGACUGUGCACCCGCAAACUGCUCUAGUGCUGCUGUGGAUGAUGACAUGGCACAGCGACUUUGGGACCUAAGCUGCCAGAUGCUCAAGAUAACAUGGGAUUAAAUCUGUUGCCAUUUAAAUAGAUGCCUUGAAGUUGUGCAACACCAAUAUUAAAUUUUUUACAUAGUCCACA